AUGCAGGAUGUUUAUUUAUUAUUUGUUUUUGUACUGUAUUUGUUAGAGUGCUGUGUUAGUUUGAAACUAGUUGCAGGAUGGGAGUUCUUGAAUUUACAUUGCAGAGAUAACAAGAAUGAGCCUGUGGGCUGGUGGUACAUCUACAAGCCUCCGAGCAACGUGGGGCCCACCAUGGAGUCAGGAAUCAAUUUUACGUAUCUCACACCCGAUGUCUCUGGAAGUUUGACGGCGUCCACCAGCAAUAUAUUCUCCAACGCCAUGCUACGGUAUACUAUGGCACCAAUGUUUAACGUAGAAUACUUAGACUAUAUGGCACUGGUAGUUUACGAAGGCCGAGAGCCCAAGGAACUCUUCAAGGGAUCAGCUUCCCUUGGUAUUAUGAUGGCUAACGCGGUGGGCGGCAUUUGGAUAGGACAUACUAUUCCUGGGUUUCCGGAUUUAAAACCCGACACCCCAGUAUUUCCCCCAGAAGAGUUAAAGAAUGGUCAUAUGCUGAUGUGCUUAACACUAGACCUAAUGACAAUCAACUCAAUGGCAAUAGCCAUCAAGCAGACAGAACCGAAUAUAUCAAAGAUAGUUAUACCAGAAAAGUUGAAGUUCUCUUUACCGGAGUGGGUGAAUCUGAUGAUCCCUGAUCAUCAAAUAAAGAGAUCGAAAACUUCCGUGAGAAAAACUAAAGUAUUACAUUUCUUAACAAGGGAUAAAAGUUUGCGUGGUGUAAUAUUGGCUCGUAGUCCAGGAAACACGCGCUGUCUGUACAAGAGCUUCGCUAAAACCAAAGGGAUUGUGAUGGAUGUGUAUGGCCAUAAGGAGCAUAAUCGACUCGUCGAAUGUGAUAGGAAAUACGGCAUACGUAACAUCAAUUCCAUAUCAUUAAAGUUUCCGGAGGUAGUUUAUUACAUAACUAAUUCGUCUGAUAGCAUGGGUUUUGCUGUCAGCACAGGAGGAGCUUGGCAAAGAAGUGGAAUCAGUAAAAAUCAAUAUUGGAUGUGCACUGGCAACAUAGAGAACCAACCGUUAAGUGCUAAAGGAGGCAUUGUCGCUUGCGUUUCCAAUUUUCAAAUAUGGCGUUCAUUUGAUAUUUUAAAAGUAAAUGAACCGCAGUGUCCAAGCCUCAAUCUGUGA